CCCUCUGGGCUUGCCCAUGGAGUCGAAGCUUCCUUGGGUGUCCUUUGCUUUUCACUACCGCAUUGCGACGCCCGCCUACCACCUUUACAACUUUUUCCCAUCUUUUCACCAAGCCGUGAGGGCAUUGCAAUUCAUACCAUUAAUACUCUUCACCUUUACAUCGUCUGUCUCUUCUUUCUUGUGAUUGUAAUCACUGGAUGAAUGUACGACAAGUGGAUGUCAGUCAGCUCAGCCUCUCAGCUUUGAGAGCGGACGGACGUGACCUGACCCAGAGGGAGGCGCGUGCACCGGCUUCCGGAAGUUGACCCCGUACCAGCUUGUGUACCCGAGCUUCCUACCCUUGAGUAUCCUAUUUGAUCCCUCCACGUCGCCCUCAGGGUCUUGUGUCGCCCCUUGCUUCAUCUCAUCCGUCAUGCCUUCCCCUACCGAUUUCUUGGUCACGCCCGCCGAAGUCAGGAGCAUCCAGAAGCGGCUGGCCUCGUUGCGACUCGCUCCAUCUCCUGCUCCGCUUGCUUCUCCAUCUGAUACCUCUGCUUCGUCAUCCUCGAGGGCAAGCCUUAUAUCUUCCGGGUCUGAUCUCAAGUCUGCUCACUUCUGGUUACAAGAUGAUCGGUUGCCGAGGACUGUCAGGACAGCUAUACGAGCUGGUCUCUGGGCUGCGACCGUGAACUCUACCAUCGCAGCACUGGGAGAGGGCUUGCGCAAGAAGGAUCCGGUUGCAGCAUUGCGGAAGAUGCUCUCUCGUACAUCCUUCCAGCUCUUCGUCAGCAUCCUCACCUUCUCAACUCUAUAUCGCUCCUUCCUCCAGGCAGUCCUGGUUGCAAGACAAAGAAUGCUGGGCAAUCUGAGCUCAAUCGCACCAAAAGAGAUCCACCGCGAUCUCACCGGGGGGCAACAAAGAAGGGGCAUGGACGAGCGUACCAUGCGUGCCCGGCUGUUUGCUAGGCUCGUCCGGCUGACAAAGGCCAACGGAACUGUACCCACGUUGGCUGCCCUCCUUGCCUCGCCGGCCCUGGCACUGAUGCCCACUGCAGACUUUCCUAUGACGGCCCUAUCAUUGUACCUCUUUACGCAAGCCCUUGCAACACUCUACGCUGAAGGAAGAUUUGUAGGCUCGAGCAUUGUCUCCUGGGUGCCAGAGUGGUGCAACAGUGGCCUGCUAUACGCCCUCGGAAAUGCUCAGCUGCUGUGGGCAUUCCUCUUCGAGAAGCAUGCUUUUCCUGAAAGUUACGGCAAUGUCAUCCUUGCUCGGUCUUCAGCGUACAUCCCGCCGCGGCCCCCUCAGCUACCAGACGGAGUCGACUGGCCUUCCCGUCGUACCAUCGCUGACCAUGUAGCAAUUUUAGCAACGCCGACAGCGACUGCGCCUGCCUUCCCCUCGUUCACCUCGCCGCUGCUUUCAUCACUGACACCUUCCAAGCAUCCAGCCACACCCUACCCUGCUAUCAAUCCGGUCUUGGACUACUCUCCUGCACACCCAGCUCACACCUCUUUGAUGUGUGCAAUGCUUCAUCCCACUGAGCCAUCCUGCAAGACUACGCUGCUGAACCACUUCAAAAUGGAAUGGCUCGCUUCUGCUCGUUUCUCAGGGGUAUUUGCACUACUGGCAAGUGUAGUGUUCAGGAGCAAGAGGUGGUGGAAAGAUCCAGAGACGGAGAUCUUCAAGGUCGUCGUGGCUACUCUGCAGGGUGCGACGCUCAUCUCAGGUAGCAUCGGGACCGCUUGGGCCAUGACCUGCCUUCUUCAGCAGUACCUACCCAAAAGCUUCAUGCCACGAAAUCGCUUCUUCCUCAAUGGCCUCGUUGCUGGCGUUUGGAUUCUGGCGGUGCCCAAGCACAGGCGGCGAGAGCUCGGUCUGUACGUGGGGCGGAUGAGUGCUCUCUCUUCGUGGCGCAUUCUAGAGAAGCGCGGCAAGGUCAAGUCUGUACCGUACGGCCCUCAUCUACUCCUAGCUGCAGCUCUGACGAUGAUGGCCGGCAUGUAUGAAGCAGAGGCCACCAAACUGGGCGGUUCGCUGAAGACGCUGUCUGGCAAGCUGUUUGGCGACAAGCACGCACAAGAGACGAUUGCAAACGAGAAGCAAGAUGGGGAUGCGUAAUUGUAGGCCUGCUUGGAUCUCGCGAUAGCAGUCAGUGUGCUUUGUAUAACAUUACAGCUCUCGUAGUUCCCUCGUGUCCAUCUUCCAUCUAUAUUUCAUUCUACGAUCCCGCUC